GCGCAAAAUACUACUUCCGCUUUGAAAAAUAUACACACAUGUGAAAAUUUGAUCAGUUUAGGUAUUAAUAAAUCAAGUUUCCUGGGGAGAUAUAAAUAAACCAGCAUGCAGCAAGAUGAUGUGAUUUGGAGCAUCAUCAAUGACUCCUUCUGCUCCUUCAAAGUCAGAACCAAAACCCAGAAGUUUUGCCGGAAUGAGUUUAACUUAACAGGACUGUGUAAUAGAACAGCGUGUCCUCUCGCCAACAGUCAAUAUGCAACAGUCAGAGAAGAGAAAGGUGUGGCUUAUUUAUACAUGAAAACUAUUGAACGAGCGGCGUUUCCAGACAGGCUAUGGGAAAAGGUCAAACUAUCAAAAAACUUUGAAAAGGCUUUACAACAAAUAGAUGAGCAUCUCAUAUAUUGGCCAAAAUAUUUACGCCAUAAAUGUAAGCAGAGGUAUACAAAAAUAACACAGUAUUUAAUAAGAAUACGAAAACUCACCCUGAAACGAACUAAGAAGCUGGUACCAUUACAAAGGAAGAUAGAACGUAGGGAAAGACGGAGAGAAGAGAAGGCUUUAGUUGCUGCACAGUUAGAUAAUGCAAUAGAGAAACAGCUCUUGGACAGAUUGAAACAAGGAACUUAUGGUGACAUUUACAACUUCCCGCAACAUGCAUUUGACAAAGCAGUUGAAGAGGAGGAGGUAUCAAGUGAUGAGGAGGAGACAGAGAAAGAAGGAGAGGAGGGAGGAGACAAACAUGUAGAUGAGGAACAGGAAGAGGAAUCUGAGGAUGAGGAGGAAGUCGAGUAUGUUGCUGAGGAGGAAUUUGAAGAAAGUGAUGUGUCAGAUAUUGAGGAUGGAGACAGACUGGGUGAUUCUUCAUCUGAUGAGAGCUCUUCAGACGAGGAGGAUCCAAAGGAUGCCACAAGGCGGAAAAGACCACAUAUUGAAAUUGAAUAUGAACGAGAGACUGAACCUUCCACAUCAAAACAGAAAUUACGGACUUUCUAGAUAUUUAUUUAUUUUCUGUAACAUAUUAAAAGAAAUAAUAAUUGAAUUAUUUCACAAUUCUAAA